UUGAAAAGUUGUUUUCUGCAGCAGCAAAACAGAAGGUGAAAAAAUUGAUUGCAGUUGAGAAAAAUUUUACUUUUUGGAUGUUUUAGGAAAAAAAUAGUUAAUAAUUGUGUCUAAAAUAGAUGUCCCGUGGUCGGAAGUGUAGAGAGUAAGUGUUUUUGUUAGAAUGAAGCUGGAAUUAGCGCGUGAAAAGGCCGUAACAAGUUUGCCCUGAAAACUGGGAGGGGAUCGCAAAAACAAGUGCGUGAAAGAAAGGAAAAUCUUGGCGAUCGAUUCCAGCAGCUGGCAGGAUAAACCGAAGGCGGUGGCAUCAUCAUCGCCGUUUGUCGUCAUUUAGCUCGCUAGUCGAGCGGAUCGAUUUUAGCGCAGACAUUAUUAUUGCAUCAAAAUUACACAACUAAACAAAGCACAAAUUGCCAUCAUACACACGAAACAAUGGAGGUUUUCCAAACCGAGACUUACUACAUCUUUGUGCGCAAGGAGAAAAGCUUGUGGUGGAACCGAACGACGUCGGAAUUCCAGAUCAAAUGCGGCUGGGAUCUCUCCUCGGUGGAUGACAUCGAGUGCAUCGGAAUAACGCACGGAAUCGUCGGUACGAUCGCACUGCAGGGCGUUCUCGAGCCUCAUCUUAUUAUCAUCAAAGAGGCUAUUCCGGUGGGCGUUUUGUACGCGCCUCAUUUGGUGUACAAGAUCAAGAGCAUUUGCAUUCUCGGCCCGGAUGAGCCUGAUACCGUAAUACUUCCCUGUUCGAAGCACAAUACUACGACUACCGUAAAAACAAUUCCCAGCAUUGGAUCCGCUUCCGCCCAGGCGGGUGCGCCAGGGACAUCUUCCGGCCAAAGCACAUCGUCUCCCCGAAGCCGGCUAUUUGAGAGUUCGGCACUGGUCAACAAGACCUGGGGAGCGGUCAAGAGUGCGGGCAGCACAAUCAAGAACACCACGGAAAAGGCGGCCGCGAUCGCUUCCAACCAGGUCAAAACCACCGUCGGAAUGGUCGUAAAGGAUCCGGUCCGGGUGGAGAAACGCGUCAUGGAAGAGUUACAUCGAAUUUUUGACGAAAGUGAUAGCUUUUACUAUAGCUUAGACUGUGAUAUUACCAACAAUCUCCAGCGUCUCGGGGAGGCCCCGGACGAUCGGUUCUACUGGAACCGGAACAUGGUGAAGGACAUUGCCAAGCUCAACGACGAAAAGUGGGUGCUGCCGGUUAUUCAAGGCUUCGUCCAGGUCGAACAGUGCGUAAUCGGGAGCGAAUGCUUCACGUUGGCACUGGUUUCGCGCAGGUCGCGCUUCCGUGCCGGAACCCGGUACAAGCGCCGUGGCGUCGACGAGGACGGCUACUGUGCCAACUAUGUCGAAACGGAGCAGGUUCUCUCGCUUCGACAGCAUCAGAUCUCGUUCACGCAGGUGCGUGGCUCGGUUCCGAUCUACUGGAGUCAGCCCGGAUACAAGUACAGACCUCCGCCGAGGUUGGACCGGGAUGAGAACGAAACUCAUUUGGCUUUUGAGAAGCACUUUAAUCGUGAAAUUGAAACUUAUCAAUCGGUUUGUAUUAUAAAUUUGGUGGAGCAGGGUGGCAAGGAGAAAAUUGUCGGCGAUACUUACGCCAGCCACGUCGUGCGAUACAACUCUGACAAGCUAACCUACGUAACGUUCGAUUUCCACGAAUAUUGCCGUGGCAUGCGCUUUGAAAACGUGUCGUCGCUUAUCGAAGCAUUAGCCCCUGAGGCCGGUUCGAUGGGUUUCCAUUGGCGGGAUAACAACGGUCCCAUUUGCAACCAGAAGGCAGUGUUUCGCGUAAACUGUAUGGACUGUCUGGACCGUACAAAUGUGGUCCAAACGGCAAUAGGAAAGGCCGUCCUGGAAUCGCAGCUGGUUAAGCUUGGGUUGGCGCCGCCGUACUCGCAGCUGCCGGAACAGUUGAAGGUUCCGUUUAUGAUCGUUUGGGCCAACAACGGGGACGUUAUUAGCAGGCAGUACGCGGGGACUAAUGCACUGAAGGGCGAUUACACACGGACCGGUGAGAGGAAAAUCAGUGGAAUCAUGAAGGAUGGCAUGAACUCUGCGAACCGCUACUUUAUCCAACACUUUGCCGACUCGUUCCGCCAGAGCUGUAUCGACCUGAUGCUCGGCAAUUUGUCCCCAUUCGAGCCAAUAAUGGAGGACGACGUGUGCGAAGCGCUGGUGGGUGUAGCGGCGACCGCAUUGGUUCCGGCCCGGGGUCCCCCCUUGGGGUACUAUAACCAUGGUCUCAUGGGCGCGGAACACGUUCUGCUGGAAGAGCUCCUCUGUAGUACCAGUUACUAUCUGGCCCGGUUCAAGGACACCUACCGGCAGGCCACGAUCGACAUGAUGUUGGGGAAUUCCGUAUCGGCGGAAUCGGUGAAUGCGCUUGGAGGACAGGCCGGAGCGGUUGACGAAACGGAUGCUUUGGAGGGUUGCGAACAUGCCCGUAUGCUGGUGGAGGACUGCCGGCGUUUGUUGUUAGGCACGGCCGAAUUGCCGGUCGGUGCCUGGGGCCUCAUCGAUGCUGAUCCGAGCACCGGCGACCCGAACGAAACGGAGGUGGAUACCAUUCUAAUCCUAACGGACGAUUCGUAUAUCGUGGCAGAGUACGACUCGCAUCUGGAUAAGAUUGUCCGCUUCGAGAACGUGUCGUUGGACAACGUUACGCUGAUCGAGUUGGGACUGUUUCAGCACAGCAAAAUGUUCCAGGGACCGGCACCGGCUUAUCUCUGCAUACGGCUCAACUACACCGUGGACGGAGUGGAUGGAUACUUUCACAUGUUUCGAUCGCCCAAUAUCCGGUUUUUCAACAACGUUGCUGUGGUGAUCCGGAAGACGGAGGAAAUUACCGAAUCGUUGGCGGCGAUCGUGGAUCUGUUUCGGAUUGCGUUGGAAAGUCGUGGACGGAGCAACGUUCCAUUGCUUUGUGGAGGAAGCCUGCAGCGUCGGAAGAGUCGCACUCUGCUCUCGGUUCCGCAGGGUAUCCCGAGGAAUCUCUCCGAGUCGCAGUUGGUUCAGAUCGGGUCUAAGGCACUUAGUAACGUGGCAGGACAGUUUUCCAAGAUCGGACAGAGUUUGAAUCCGGCAAAGAUUGGUCGUGGAACUUCCGGGAAGAAGGACAAGGAUGCAACGGCCGUCCCAAGUGUGAGCACGGCUGCGGUCUCCGAUGGAAUCGGUCACGGUAAAUUCACCGUUGGAUCGCGCAGUUCUAGCCUGCAAAAGGCCGAAGGUUCAAGCUCAGAAUCUGAGGAAGCCGAACCGGGAAUGUACGAUCUGGCAGAUUUGGUGCAGGAGAAUCCACUGUACAACGAAAAUGUUUUCCUACCGUCAGUGGGCAUCGUCAUGGGUGGUUCCGGGAACAGCGGAACCGACGGCAGCUCGACAUCAUUGCUUGUUGAAAGGGACAGUUUUGCGAAAAUGUCUUCGGACGUUUCGACAAUGUCCAUUUCGUCGGUCACGGAUCACAUCAAUAUGCCAGCCGGAAUGCUCGAGUGCGCUUCGCCAAUCCGUGGCCGCAGCCCAACUCCGGAGAUACGGGUUGAUCAGAGCACCGCAGAGGUCAUGGACAAAUCGAUAUCGGAUGGGAAAGCUGGAAGGGAUCUCUCACUAAACUUGACUGGAAAUCAAGGCGAUAACGCUCUGAAACAGCUAAAGAGACUCACAAGUCCUCUUUCAAACAUUGGCAAAGGGUUGCAAAGCUUGGGUGCUAAUCUCGACCCUCGUAAAAUGGCAGUGAAGACUCCGGUACUUCCGGCGCGUAGUAUGGAAACACCUACAGCGGAAAUUAAGCGGCUCGAGGAGAAGUGGGACAACGCCAAAUGUCGCAGCAAGCUUAUCGCGUUGUAAGCGAGCCUAAGAUCCGGCUUUUAAUUGUUGAAAACACAAAUACACACACAGGUAUUAUAUGCUAUGCGCGUACGUUACAACCCCAGCAAACGAGUAAAAGAAUAAACAAAAAAAAA